AACAAUCUGAAAGGUGUAAGUUGUGUGUGUUUCUAUUCAAAAACAGUGUGUUUUUUAUAUCGUAAUUUUCGAUUUGUUUUGAUUGAUAAUCGUAAACCGGGUAUCAACUAUCAGUAUCUUCAAUUGACAAAUAAUGAGUGCUAACGCAUACAACGAUAUAUUAUUGGGCCCAUUGGCUCAAUAUGUCCUAUAUUCUGAAAGUAUUGGAGGUGAUGUUGCAACACAUUCAAAAAUGGUACAACAAGCAUUUCAAGCUCAAUUAGAUUUUUUAAAGAAUGCAUCACGUAGUGUUGAACCACCACAAUCGCAGUUAUUACAAUUACUUUCACCUACUGAUAAGAAAAUUCAAGAGAUUCAAGGUUUUAGAGAAAAGAAUCGUGUAUCGAAAUUAUUUAAUCAUUUAUCAGCAAUUAGUGAAAGUAUUCCAGCCUUAGGAUGGGUAGCUGUUAAACCGGCGCCAGCACCGUAUGUCAAAGAAAUGAACGACGCAGGACAAUUUUACACGAAUCGUGUAUUAAAAGAAUGGAAAGAAACGGACAAAACUCAUGUGAAUUGGGUGCGAGCCUGGGCCGAAACAUUGACACAACUACAACAGUAUGUAAAACAAUAUCAUACCACUGGUUUAGUGUGGGCUGUUACAAAUAGUGGACCACCACCACCUCCACCUCCAAGCGGUUUACCCCCACCACCGCCUCCAUUGGAUUUAGAUAGUAAUUUUGGUGAUAUGAAUGUGAAUGAUGAUCGUGCAGCCUUAUUUGCACAAAUCAAUCAAGGCGAAGACAUUACUAAAAAAUUGAAGAAAGUCACAUCUGAAAUGCAAACACAUAAAAAUCCAACCUUACGUACUGGACCUGCACCGUUUAAAGCGCCAUCUAGUACAGGUGUAACAGGCGUUCGCAAUGCACCACCUGCCGAAAAACAACCAGUAUUUUCUCGAGACGGAAAGAAAUGGUUAAUUGAAUAUCAUAAAGGUAAUCAGAAUUUAGUGGUGGAUAAUGUUGAAAUGAAUAAUGUGGUUUAUGUAUUCAAAUGUGAACAAUCAAAUAUUCGUGUGAAUGGUAAAUUGAAUUCAGUUGUUUUGGAUUCAUGUAAGAAAACAUCGAUUGUCUUCGACAGUUUGGUCUCAUCUAUUGAAUUUAUUAAUUGUCAAUCAGUUCAAAUGCAGGUGUUAGGUAAAGUACCAACAAUAUCUGUGGAUAAAACUGAUGGCUGUCAAAUGUAUUUGAGUAAAGAUUCCUUAGAUGUUGAAAUCAUCAGUUCAAAAUCAUCUGAAAUGAAUAUUUUAGUACCUAAAGACAAUGGCGAUUAUACGGAAUUUCCAGUUCCUGAACAAUUUAAAACAACAGUAUCGACAAAAGGCUUGAGCACCAUCAUAGUUGAGAACAAAGGCUGAAUAUUAUUAUUUGUAUGUUUGACAGUAUACUGCUCAAAAAAUCAUAAAUUUAUCAUCAUAAUUAUAAUAAUAAUGGUUUCAAAAAAACAUUUCAAUCAAAAUUCAUAGUCUUUAUUAUUAAUUUAACAAAACAAAACAAAAAAAUUAUAAAAAAAAAGGUAAAUUUAUAGGUAAACUUGCCACU